AUGGUCGGUGUAAUUCUGAAUUUGGCUCGUCCAUCAGUGCAAGAAAUUGAUGAAACAUUGUCGAAAUUUGCAGAAUUAUAUACUAAUGAUAUAACAGCUAAACGAGAAAUCACUCAAUUUCAUGAGAACUACUCUCCAGAUAAAGCUGUUUGGUGGUAUACUCGAACGUCUGCUGUCUAUCGCUUACUCAAUCAGUCGUUUCGCACAGAAAAUAAUGAUACUAUAUUUGAUUUUCGUUUUUACAUCGCUGAUCUCUAUCACUGUUUGGCAAUAUUACACAGGCAUCAAAAUACAACGCCACGCUCCAAUAAAUCAGUUGUACACUUGUUUCAUGAUCCAGAAUUGAUUAAUUUAAUUGACUUAAGUAGCAAUAUCGGUGGUCUCGUCUCAUUUAACUCCUUUCUUUCUGCCUCACAAUUACAUCACGAUCGCUACUCGAAGUGUAAAAAAGAUAUUUUGGUUGAGAUUGUUAACUUAGAUGGUGGAAAAGAGUCUGCCAUGCCUUUUGCUAACGUAUCACAGAGCUCCUCUACAGGUGAUGAUCGUGAAACCUUAUUCUCCUGGCAUACCCCGUUUGUUGUUCAGUCUGUUCAAAAAUCAGAAUCAGAUUAUUCUUCCGUUAAACUUCAGUUAAUCACAAAAGAAGAGCUGAAUGAAGCUCUAAAUGAAAUUGCUCGGCCAUUUAUUGGUACACUUUGUGAUCCAGAACGGUUGUUAGGGCUUGGGCGAGAACUUGAAAGAAAUGGUGACAAUAAAAAGGCUGUAACCUACUACAAAGAGUUAUUCAAAAUAGUUUUAUCAAAUGAUCAAUAUCAUAUUGUUGAUAUCUACGAACGAUUGGAUCAAUUGUAUAAGGAGUUCGAUCCCGACAAUAACUUAGACCAACAAUUUGGUAACUUUAUUCGACCCACGGAGACUGUUGAUUAUAAUCCAGGGGAAAUCGAUGACCUAAUUGGCGCUUAG